AUGAUCAUUUUUACUAGUUUUUUAUUCGGUUACUAUAAUGAUGAAGAAAAAACACGUGAAACAAUAGAUCAAGAAAGUUGGUUACACAUAGGCGAUGUUGGAGAAUGGACAAGUAAUGGAGCAUUGCGCAUUAUUGAUCGUGCCAAAUAUAUAUUUAAAUUAAGUCAAGGUGCAUAUGUUGCUCCAGAACGUCUCGAAGAUAUUCAUAUGCGUUCUCGAUGGGUCGCACAAAUUUUUGUUGAUGGAAUUUCAACAGAAGCAACAAUAGUAGCCAUUGUUAUUCCAGAUGAACAGUAUGUACGAAAAAAUUUUAAAUCAACACAAGCAACGAUGACAUUCGUAGAAUUGUGCAGAGAAGAAAAAUUGAAACAGAUUAUUUUGUCUGAUUUAAUUCGUUUAGCUAAAGAAAACAAGCGUAAAUAUUUUGAAACUAUAAGCAAUAUCAGUCUUUACUCUGAGCCAUUCUCACUCAAAAAUAGUCUGCUUACCAUGCCACUCAAAACACGUCGAAUGAAUGCUCGAAAGCAAUUUCAAACAAUUAUUCAAUCACUGUAUACUAUUGAUAGAACGACAACAAACAAUUUAUUAUCGAAAUAA